AUGGCCUCAGCUCUCCCCUGCGACGCCCGCCGCACCAUCACCUGCGACUCGUGCAUGCUUGAAUUAUGUUUGAAUUGUGCUGCUGCAGGGGCAGAUCUGCCCACCAUUAUUCGAAACGAGGACGAAGAGGUGCGCGAGCAGACCAACUUUAUGUUUGAAUGUGAAAACUGUGCACGCGUGUCCUGCGGCUCUUGCGUCUACGAGAAUCGCCUUCGACAAGACCUUUCUAUUGAUGCCUGUAGCAAGUGCGGGCGAUUCAUUUGCAGCGACUGUGCUCAGUUUGACCCCGUGAUGCACAGCGAUGUUCUACCACGCUGCUUGUCGUGCGCAGAAUCUUUCUGCCACGAGUGCCUGCGUGAGUGUGCGAUUGUGUGCAAGCGCCCUGGAACGGCGCAAGACCCCGAUGUGUUAUGCAGCAUUGCCUGUGUCUGGUGUCGCACCGACGAGUGCCCCUGCUGCAUGCAACGGCUGUCACGCAAAGAACAACAACGCCUGCGUCUCAUUCGCAAACGUCAGCCAGAGCUGGUGCUGUCCGCCCCUGACACUUUUGUCUUCACUCAUCGGAGCGACCAUCGCAAUGGCGGCCGUUGGGGAGCCAAGAAUGUGCGGGUGACCUGGUCCAGCACUGAGCAAGCUGAUGCAUACGAACGACUUAUCGAUGAUCAGGCAGCAGCAGCAGCUGAAAUUGUUGCGUCCCUUCUGCUCAAGGAGGCGGAGGCGGCGAAAGAGGGGACCACCACUUCCAAGAAAAAGAAAAAGUCCAAGAAACAAGCCAACAAGUCAAAGGCCGUGCCCGAGGCUACAUCCGCCACCGCCGCCGCUGAUUCCACCAACAAUGCCGACAAUCUCGGUACUUCUGCUGCUCCUGCGAAUGAAGACAGUCCGCCAAGCCCGUCAGUCAUGGAUGUGCCAGCUGCGCCGGAGAGCACGUCGGUCAAGGAUGUGCCAAUUGCGUCGGCAACCGACGUCGCCGACUCAGCCGACGUCAGUCAUGCAGUGCAAGCCACAGAGGCGCCGGUUUCAAAAGUGUCAAAGAUUUUGAACCCCGCGCGCACCGCUUUUACUGCCCUUGAGAUGCCGCGUGCUGCCAAAAAGGUAAAGAACACAAACAGCUUUGCAGCUUUGUUGGGUGACUCGGACAGCGAGAACGAGGAGGACGCGGCAAAUCAGGUGGACGACUUGGCGGCAUCCAGUGAAGCUGUACAUGCAGAGGCACCUGGGGACAAAGCGCCAAACACACAACCAGGCAACUCAGAGACGCCAGCCGAUGAUAGUGUCGCUCCUGUGGCCGGUGCCAACACAGACACCCAAGUCAAACCCAAGAAUAAGGUGAAGAACAAAACCAAAAAUAAAAACAAGGCCAAAGCCAAAGCCGAGGCCUUAGUUGAAUCGCCAGCAGGUGAGCGCAGCCCAUCCCCAAGCCCAAUUUCAGACAAGAAAUUGAGCCAACCGCAGGACCAAGCCUCCCCCGCGUCCCCACCAGCGACUGCAACUUCAGCCUCGGCCCCCGGCCCCGCGUCAGCCUCCGCCAUCCGUCACGCCAUGGAUCCCGAAAGUACAAAUGCCACGCAAGUCCUGGAAGCGGCCAUGGAGGACAAAGAUCUGGAGGCACUGACCCAGGCCAUUAAUGUGGCCGAGGCACAGGGAUUGGAUACUAAGAGUGCCAGAAAGCUUGCCAAGCGUCUUUCAAAGGCCGCCGAAUUAGACAUACUGCUUUUCGACUUGGCUGCGGAAGCCAUGGAGGCCGAUCCUCGUGACGGACCACUUAACUUUUCCCUGCUGUCUCAGAUUAAGCAGGCCAUCAAGCGCCUGAGCGACACUUCGCGGAAGACAGUAUACUGCUUGAAUGACGACGCUUUGUCAGAUUUCCGGGAUUCGCUGGAGCACUUGGCGCCAGAGCUGGUGGACGACUUGGAUGAUGCACUCCUUGAACAGAUGGAGGGUGCCGAAACUGAGGCGACACCGCCAAAGACGCGCACCCCACACGUCGAAGCUAGCUCACCUGUGCAGACCUCCGAUUCACCUGCAGCGGUUGCCUCAGCACCCACGCCGCACCAGCUGGCCUCGGAAACCCCAGCAGCCCAUGCAAUGCCCAAGGCCGCAGCAGCGCCUGGGGCCAGUCUGGGAUCAAACGGCCAGCUCGAGGCCAAGCCGCAAAGCGUCAACUCCAGCUCUGCGGCCAACAGUGCACAGGAACGGCUUUACCUGAGCUGGUCCAACGUAUCGUCGACAAAGGGAAAGAAGAAGCUCAUUGCGUUUCUUCGUGAGCAUAACCUGCUACACUUCAAGACCGCUCUGCUCAAAGCAGGGAUUGAUCUGCAGACCUUAUUAAACCUUCCGGAGGAUAAGUGGCAUGCUCAAGGCAUUCUCUCCUUUGCUGCCCUUUCGCGCCUAAGGACCGCUGCUGGGCGGUCAGACGUGGCACCAAACUCGCUGUCAGAAGCCCUUUGUCGUUUCUGUGGCGAGAACCCCGUGGGCGUAUCGGCCCAGCCCUGCAACUGCCUCUGUGCCUGUCGGUCUUGCGUGCUUGAAUAUAGCGCCCACACUUGCCCACAUUGUCGAGCGCCCGUUGAGACGUGGUUGGAUUUGGAUAGCGAGACGCGGCCCAUCAUCGAACUGCGCAAGGAAGUGCGCGGUCUCCCCUCACCCGGAUUGAGGCUACCUAACUAG